CAUGUUGAUGUUUCCAUGAUUAAUGACCGUGUUGCUCCACCCCCUCCUCCUUUCAGGGUGGAUCCUGGUGGAGUCCGAUGGCUGAGACCAGGUCUGAGGAAGUAUUUCUGUGAACUCUCUCUGGAUCCAAACUCAGCAAACCGAAAACUCAAACUGUCCAACAACAACACAAAGGUGGAACAGGUGGACGAGGAUCAAUCAUAUCCUGAUCAUCCAGACAGAUUUGACCUUUGCCCUCAGGUCCUGUCUUCAACUGGUCUGACUGGUCGCUGUUACUGGGAGGUCGAGUGGAGAGGACAAGUUUAUAUAUCUGUAAGGAGAUGGUUGGGACUGUAAGUUUGGAUCUAAUGAUCAAUCCUGGAGUCUGGACUGUGAUGAUGAUAAACUUUGGUACUUUGUCUCUCACAAUAACAGACAAACACGCCUUCCUCGCUCCCCUUCAUCCUCUCACAGAGUCUCAGUGUUUGUGGACUGUCCUGCUGGCACUUUGUCCUUCUAUGAAGUCUCCUCUGACUCUAUGAUCCACAUCCACACAUUCUGGUGCACC